CAGAUAACUACCAAAUUUGUUCAGUCAGGUUGCUGAGGGCGGAGGGAGAACGACCUUCUUCUAAUCCUUCAUAAGUGAGGAAACCCUACAGGAGAACCACACAGGAUGCAGUCAAUGAGGGCAGUAUUUUGUCGGAAAUGUGCUGAAAGUGUACGCAUAUUGCACAUGACAAAGUUAAGAUCCCAAAUCUCAAAUCAGCAUAAUCAAGUUGUCCACAAGAGCACCAGGUCCAGUAUGUCUGCAUGGCAGAUUCACCAGUAUGGAGGCAACGAGGAGUUCACCCUCUCCCACACAGCGAAGGUUCCCACGAUUCACAGCCCAGACGAACUGCUGAUUGAAGUUCAUGCUGCAAGUGUUAACCCUAUUGAUGUUCGGAUGAGAGGAGGCUAUGGCGAGGUGAUGCUUAAUGUGAUGAGGAAGAUGCUCGGGAAACCAAAGUCGGGGAGUGAGUUCCCGCUGACUCUGGGUCGAGACUUCUCUGGGGUGGUGCUGGAGACAGGGAAACUUGUCACUGACUUCAAACCUGGAGAUCAGGUAUGGGGAGCUGUGGGAGCACACAGACAGGGGACCCAUGCACAGCUACUGGUCACGUCGCAGAAGGAGAUCUCCAAGAAACCAAAGACGCUGGACCAUCUUGAGGCGGCGUCCAUUCCCUAUGUGGCUGUGACCUCAUGGACAGCGCUGUGUGAGGUGGGGGAGCUCAAGGAGAGCAGUGUUGCAGGGAAAAGGAUCCUAGUUCAUGCUGGUUCUGGAGGAAUAGGCACAUUUUCUAUACAGUUACUGAGUUCGUGGGGUGCGGACGUAACGACGACCUGCAGUACGGAUGCUGUAGAGUUCGUCACAAGCCUGGGAGCUAACACCGUCAUUGACUACAAGACACAGGACGUACAAGCCGAGCUGCAGAAACUCGACAAGUUCGAUGUAGUGUUAGACACUCUUGGAGGCGAGACGCCAAACUUUUCCCUGGAUCUGUUGACCAAAUAUAAGAAUGCCAAAUACAUCUCGCUGGUGACGCCAUUUCUGAGGAAUGCUGACGCCUAUGGUUUGGUUAAAGGUUCUGUGAAGACUGCAGUUGAUAUCUUCAAGGAUGUCACUGGGGGUUUCAAAGAUGGCCGAAGCUAUCGCUGGGCUGUGUUCGUCCCUAAUGGUCGGGCUCUGAGAAAAGUGGCUGAGAUGGUGGACAACUCCGAUAUCAAGCCUGUGGUAGAAAAAGUGUUUGAGUUUGAGGAGGUCCCGAAGGCUUUUGAAAAGAUAGCCACUGGUCACUCCAGAGGCAAGACUGUCAUCAAGGUUGUCUGAAGACAACCACUGAGAGUGAUCUCCCUUGAAUUCAGAAGCAUUGUGAUCAAAAUCAAAGAACUAAUUAUUGCUUUUCUGCUUGUGAGGUUUAUAUACAAUAUUGUGUCUAUUUUAGGAUUUAUAUGAAGAUAUGAAUUUACUAAAGAAUUAUUAUCACUAGACAAAAUGCGUCUCACAGUAGUGAGUAAGUGAGUUUUAUACUGUAUUAAAAUAACAGUAUUUCAGUUAUAUCACAGAUAAAGAGUGUGGAUGUUUCAUAAUUUGAUGAAACCCAUAAGCAUUGACUGCUGGACACCCAGCCUCAAACACUGAUGACACCCAGCCUCAAACACUGAUGACACCCAGCCUCAAACACUGAUGGACACCCAGCCUCAAACACUGAUGACACCCAGUGUCAAACACUGAUGACACCUAGCCUCAAACACUGAUGACACCUAGCCUCAGACACUGAUGACACCCAGCCUCAAACACUGAUGGACACCCAGCCUCAAACACUGAUGACACCCAGCCUCAAACACUGAUGACACCCAGCCUCAAACACUGAUGGACACCCAGCCUCAAACACUGAUGACACCCAGCCUCAAACACUGAUGACACCCAGCCUCAAACACUGAUGGACACCCAGCCUCAAACACUGAUGGACACUCAGCCUCAAACACUGAUGACACCCAGCCUCAAACACUGAUGGAUACCCAGCCUCAAACACUGAUGACACCCAGCCUCAAACACUGAUGGACACCCAGCCUCAGACACUGAUGAACACCCAGCCUCAAACACUGAUGACACCCAGCCUCAAACACAGAUGGACACCCAGCCUCAAACACUGAUGGACACCCAGCCUCAAACACUGAUGGAUACCCAGCCUCAGACACUGAUGACACCCAGCCUCAAACACUGAUGACACCCAGCCUCAAACACUGAUGGACACCCAGCAUCAAACACUGAUGACACCCAGCCUCAAACACUGAUGAACACCCAGCCUCAAACACUGAUGGACACCCAGACUCAAACACUGAUGACACCCAGACUCAAACACUGAUGACACCCAACCUCAAACACUGAUGACACCCGGCCUCAAACACUGAUGGAUACCCAGUCUCAAACACUGAUGGACACCCAGCUUCAACCACGAAGAUCGAAUGUGGUUCUGUCUGAGGCUGACUUACCACUGUGUUAGUUUCCCAGGAUGUUUGAUAAGGGUUAUUUUCAUGUUCAACUUGUACAAUAAUCUUGGGUGGUUAUCUGUUGCCAAUGACUGUGAGAGUGUUUCUCUGUGGAUGUAAGAUAUACACAGACUGCUCAGCAGUCAAUGUUGUUUGGUUGUUUGUUUGCACAUACAUAACUAGCUCAAAAAGACAUUUAAAUGUUGAGUAGGGCCUGUGCAUCCCAUGACACAAAAUCAACCACAACUAUAUGCAAUUUACAUCAUUUUCAUUUUGUAAUAUAUGAAAGAUCAAUGAAUUCACUCAUAUCAUGAGAUAUAUUUAUAUGAUCAAACUUUGUUUCGUUGAUGUGUUUUUGUAACCAUGUCAAAAAACACACAAAGUGUUUGAGAUAAAAUCUUGCUGAUUUUUA